AUGGUUAAAGCUGUUGUUCUCGGAGCUUCUGGUGGCAUUGGCCAGCCUCUCUCCCUUUUGUUGAAGGCUUCUCCUCUCAUUGAUGAGCUUGCCCUCUACGAUGUUGUCAACACCCCCGGUGUGGCUGCAGAUCUCUCUCACAUCUCCUCAGUCGCCAAAAUUACUGGCUACCUGCCCAAGGAUGAUGGAUUGAAGCUUGCCUUGACCGGUGCCGAUGUUGUUGUCAUCCCCGCUGGUAUCCCCCGCAAGCCUGGUAUGACCCGUGACGAUCUUUUCAAGGUCAAUGCCGGUAUUGUGAAGGGUCUCGUCGAGGGCAUCGCCGAGUUCGCCCCCAAGGCCUUCACUCUCAUCAUCUCCAACCCCGUGAACUCCACCGUCCCCAUCGCUGCCGAGGUCCUCAAGGCUGCCGGUGUCUUCGACCCCAAGCGUCUCUUCGGUGUCACCACCCUGGACGUCGUUCGUGCUGAGACUUUCACGCAGGAGUUCUCCGGCGCGAAGAACGCCUCCGAUGUCACCGUCCCUGUCAUUGGUGGCCACUCCGGCGAGACUAUUGUUCCUCUGUUCAGCAAGGUUUCCCCCAGCUUCCAGAUCCCUGCUGACCGUUAUGAUGCUCUUGUCAACCGUGUCCAGUUCGGUGGUGAUGAGGUUGUCAAGGCCAAGGACGGCGCUGGCUCUGCUACCCUCUCCAUGGCCUUUGCUGGUUUCAGAUUCGCCGAGGCUGUCAUCAAGGCUUCGAAGGGCGAGAAGGGUGUUGUUGAGCCUACUUUCGUCUACCUGCCCGGUGUCACUGGAGGUGAUGAGAUUGCCAAGGCCACCGGUCUUGAGUUCUUCUCGAUUCCCGUGGAACUCGGCCCUAACGGUGCCGAGAAGGCCAUUAACAUCCUUGACGGUGUAACCGAGCAGGAGAAGAAGCUCCUGGAGACUUGCAUCAGCGGCCUCAAGGGCAACAUCGAAAAAGGCAUCGAGUUUGCCAAGACUUCCGCACCAAAGUAA